AUGCUCCAAAGGAUGCAUCGGCGCACAUCAGCACCCGCUUUCCAUCACUCCGCCCUAUUCUCCCGCUUUCCAUCUCCCCGCCCCAUUCUCCCGCUUUCCAUCACCCCGCCCCAUUCUCCCUCCUUCCAUCACCCCGCCCCAUUCUCCACCUUUCCAUCACCCCGCCCCAUUCUCCCUCCUUCAAUCACCCCGCCCCAUUCUCCCUCCUUCCAUCACCCCGCCCCAUUCUCCCUCCUUCCAUCACCCCGUCCCCUUCUCCCUCCUUCCAUCACCCCGCCCCGUUCUCCCGCUUUCCAUCACCCCGCCCCAUUCUCCCGCUAUCCAUCACCCCGCCCCAUUCUCCCGCUUUCCAUCACCCCGCACCAUUCUCCCGCUUUCCAUCACCCCGCCCCAUUCUCCCGCAUUCCAUCACCCCGCCCCAUUCUUCCGCUUUCCAUCACCCCGCCCCAUUCUCCCGUUUUCCAUCACCCCGCCCCAUUCUCCCGCUUUCCAUCACCCCCCCCCAUUCUCCCGCCUUCCAUCACCCCGCCCCAUUCUCCCUCCUUCCAUCACCCCGCCCCAUUCUCCCGCUUUCCAUCACCCCGCUCCAUUCUCCCGCUUUCCAUCACCCCGCCCCAUUUUCCCGCUUUCCAUCACCCUGCCCCAUUCUCCUGCUUUCCAUCACCCCGCCCCAUUCUUCCUCCUUCCAUCACCCCGCCCCAUUCUCCCUCCUUCCAUCACCCCACCCCAUUCUCCCUCCUUCCAUCACCCCGCCCCAUUCUCUCGCUUUCCAUCACCCCGCCCCAUGCUCCUACUUUCCAUCACCCCGCCCCAUUCUCCCGCUUUCCAUCACCCCGCCCCAUUCUCCCGCUUUCCAUCACCCCGCCCCUUUCUCCCUCCUUCCAUCACCCUGCCCCAUUCUCCUGCUUUCCAUCACCCUGCCCCAUUCUCCCGCUUUCCAUCACCCCGCCCCAUUCUCCCGCUUUCCAUCACACCGCCCCAUUCUCCCGCUUUCCAUCACCCCGCCCCAUUCUCCCUCCUUCCAUCACCCCGCCCCAUUCUCCCUCCUUCCAUCACCCCGCCCCAUUCUCCCUCCUUCCAUCACCCCGCCCCAUUCUUCCGCUUUCCAUCACCCCGCCCCAUUCUCCCGCUUUCCAUCACCUCGCCCCAUUCUCCCGCAUUCCAUCACCCCGCCCCAUUCUCCCGCUUUUCAUCACCCUGCACCAUUCUCCCGCUUUUCAUCACCCCGCCCCAUUCUCCCGCAUUCCAUCACCCCGCCUCAUUCUCCCGCUUACCAUCACCCCGCCCCAUUCUCUCGCUUUCCAUCACCCCGCCCCAGUCUCCCGCUUUUCAUCACCCCGCCCCAUUCUCUCGCCUUCCAUCACCCUGCCCCAUUCUCCCUCCUUCCAUCACCCCGCCCCAUUCUCCCGCUUUCCAUCACCCCGCCCCAUUCUCCCGCUUUCCAUCACCCCGCCCCAUUCUCCCGCUUUCCAUCACCCCGCCCCGUUCUCCCGUUUUCCAUCACUCAGCCCCAUUCUCCCGCUUUCCAUCACCCCGCCCCAUUCUCCCUCCUUCCAUCACCCUGCCCCAUUCUCCAGCUUUCCAUCACCCCGCCCCAUUUUCCCUCCUUCCAUCACCCCACCCCAUUCUCCCUCCUUCCAUCACCCCGCCCCAUUCUCCCGCUUUCCAUCACCCCGCCCCAUUCUCCCGCUAUCCAUCACCCAGCCCCAUUCUCCCGCUUUCCAUCACCCCGCACCAUUCUCCCGCUUUCCAUCACCCCGCCCCAUUCUCCUGCAUUCCAUCACCCCGCCCCAUUCUUCCGCUUUCCAUCACCCCGCCCCAUUCUUCCGCUUUCCAUCACCCCGCCCCAAUCUCCCGCUUUCCAUCACCCCGCCCCAUUCUCCCGCUUUCCAUCACCCCGCCCCAUUCUCCCGCCUUCCAUCACCCCGCCCCAUUCUCCCUCCUUCCAUCACCCCGCCCCAUUCUCCCUCUUUCCAUCACCCCGCUCCAUUCUCCCGCUUUCCAUCACCCCGCCCAAUUCUCCCACUUUCCAUCACCCCGCCCCAUUCUCCCGCUUUCCAUCACCCCGCCCAAUUCUCCCGCUUUCCAUCACCCCGCCCCAUUCUCCCUCUUUCCAUCACCCCGCCCCAUUCUCCCUCCUUCCAUCACCCCGCCCCAUUCUCCCGCAAUCCAUCACCCCACCCCAUUCUCCCUCCUUCCAUCACCCCGCCCCAUUCUCCCGCUUUCCAUCACCCCGCCCCAUUCUCCUGCUUCCAUCACCCCGCCCCAUUCUCCCGCUUUCCAUCACCCCGCCCCAUUCUCCCUCCUUCCAUCAACCCGCCCCAUUCUCCCGCUUUCCAUCACCCCGCUCCAUUCUCCCGCUUUCCAUCACCCCGCCCCAUUCUCCCGCUUUCCUUCAUCCCGCCCCAUUCUCCCGCUUUCCAUCACCCCGCCCCAUUCUCCCGCUUUCCAUCACCCCGCCCCAUUCUCCCGCUUUCCAUCACCCCGCCCCAUUCUCCCUCCUUCCAUCACCCUGCCCCAUUCUCCCUCCUUUCAUCACCCCGCCCCAUUCUCCCACUUUCCAUCACCCCGCCCCAUUCUCCCGCUUUCCAUCACCUCGCCCCAUUCUCCCGCAUUCCAUCACCCCGCCCCAUUCUCCCGCUUUUCAUCACCUUGCACCAUUCUCCCGCUUUCCAUCACCCCGCCCCAUUCUCCCGCAUUCCAUCACCCCGCCUCAUUCUCCCGCUUUCCAUCACCCCGCCCCAUUCUCUCGCUUUCCAUCACCCCGCCCCAUUCUCCCGCCUUCCAUCACCCUGCCCCAUUCUCCCUCCUUCCAUCACCCCGCCCCAUUCUCCCGCUUUCCAUCACCCCGCCCCAUUCUCCCGCUUUCCAUCACCCCGCCCCAUUCUCCCGCUUUCCAUCACCCCGCCCCAUUCUCCCGCUUUCCAUCACCCCGCCCCAUUCUCCCUCCUUCCAUCACCCUGCCCCAUUCUCCAGCUUUCCAUCACCCCGCCCCAUUUUCCCUCCUUCCAUCACCCAGCCCCGUUCUCCCUCCUUCUAUCACCCCGCCCCAUUAUCCCGCUUUCCAUCACCCCGCACCAUUCUCCCGCCUUCCAUCACCCCGCCCCAUUCUCCCUCCUUCCAUCACCCCGCCCCAUUCUCCCGCUUUCCAUCACCCCGCUCCAUUCUCCAGCUUUCCAUCACCCCGCCCAAUUCUCCCACUUUCCAUCACCCCGCCCCAUUCUCCCGCUUUCCAUCACCCCGCCCAAUUCUCCCGCUUUCCAUCACCCCGCCCCAUUCUCCCUCUUUCCAUCACCCCGCCCCAUUCUCCCUCCUUCCAUCACCCCGCCCCAUUCUCCCGCAAUCCAUCACCCCACCCCAUUCUCCCUCCUUCCAUCACCCCGCCCCAUUCUCCCGCUUUCCAUCACCCCGCCCCAUUCUCCUGCUUCCAUCACCCCGCCCCAUUCUCCCGCUUUCCAUCACCCCGCCCCAUUCUCCCUCCUUCCAUCAACCCGCCCCAUUCUCCCGCUUUCCAUCACCCCGCCCCAUUCUCCCGCUUUCGAUCACCCCGCCCCGUUCGCCCGCUUUCCAUCACCCCGCCCCAUUCUCCCGCUUUCCAUCACCCCGCCCCAAUCUCCCGCCUUCCAUCACCCCGCCCCAUUCUCCCUCCUUCCAUCAUCCCGCCCCAUUCUCCCUCCUUCCAUCACCCCGCCCCAUUCUCCCUCCUUCCAUCACCCCGCCCCAUUCUUCCGCUAUCCAUCACCCCGCCCCAUUCUCCCUCCUUCCAUCACCCUGACCCAUUCUCCCGCCUUCCAUCACCCCGCCCCAUUCUCCCGCAUUCCAUCACCCCGCCCCAUUCUCCCGCUUUCCAUCACCCCGCCCCGUUCUCCCGCCUUCCAUCACCCCGCCCCAUUCUCCCGCUUUCCAUCACCUCGCCCCAUUCUCCCGCUUUCCAUCACCCCGCCCCAUUCUCCCUCUUUCCAUUACCCCGCCCCAUUCUCCCGCUUUCCAUCAACCCCCCCCCCAUUCUCCCUCCUUCCAUCACCCCGCCCCAUUCUCCCGCUUUCCAUUACCCCGCCCCAUUCUCCCGCUUUCCAUCAACCCCCCCCCAUUCUCCCUCCUUCCAUCACCCCGCCCCAUUCUCCCGCAAUCCAUCACCCCACCCCAUUCUCCCUCCUUCCAUCACCCCCCCCCAUUCUCCCGCUUUCCAUCACCCCGCCCCAUUCUCCUGCUUUCCAUCACCCCGCCCCGUUCUCCCGCUUUCCAUCACCCCGCCCCUUUCUCCCGCUAUCCAUCACCCCGCCCCAUUCUCCCGCUUUCCAUCACCCCGCCCCAAUCUCCCGCCUUCCAUCACCCCGCCCCAUUCUCCCGCUUUCUAUCACCUCGCCCCGUUCGCCCGCUUUCCAUCACCCCGCCCCAUUCUCCCGCUUUCCAUCACCCCGCCCCAUUCUCCCUCCUUCCAUCACCCCGCCCCAUUCUCCCUCCUUCCAUCACCCUGCCCCAUUCUCCCUCCUUCCAUCACCCCGCCCCAUUCUUCCGCUUUCCGUCACCCCGCCCCAUUCUCCCUCCUUCCAUCACCCUGCCCCAUUCUCCCGCCUUCCAUCACCCCGCCCCAUUCUCCCGCGUUCCAUCACCCCGCCCCAUUCUCCCGCCUUCCAUCACCCCGCCCCGUUCUCCCGCCUUCCAUCACCCCGCCCCAUUUUCCCGCUUUCCAUCACCUCGCCCCAUUCUCCCGCUUUCCAUCACCCCGCCCCAUUCUCCCGCUUUCCUUUACCCCGCCCCAUUCUCCCGCUUUCCAUCAACCCCCCCCAUUCUCCCUCCUUCCAUCACCCCGCCCCAUUCUCCCUCCUUCCAUCACCCCGCCAUUCUCCCGCUUUCCAUCACCCCGCCCCAUUCUCCCGCAAUCCAUCACCCCGCCCCAUUCUCCGGCCUUCCAUCACCACGCCCCAUUCUCCCGCUUUCCAUCACCCCGCCCCAUUCUCCCGCUUUCCAUCACCCCGCCCCAUUCUCCCUCCUUCCAUCACCCCACCCCAUUCUCCCGCUUUCCAUCACCCCGCCCCAUUCUCCCGCUUUCCAUCACCCCGCCCCAUUCUCCCGCCUUCCAUCACCCCGCCCCAUUCUCCCUCCUUCCAUCACCCCGCCCCAUUCUCCCGCUUUCCAUCACCCCGCUCCAUUCUCCCGCUUUCCAUCACCCCGCCCCAUUCUCCCGCUUUCCUUCAUCCCGCCCCAUUCUCCCGCUUUCCAUCACCCCGCCCCAUUCUCCCGCUUUCCAUCACCCCGCCCCAUUCUCUCGCUUUCCAUCACCCCGCCCCAUUCUCCCUCCUUCCAUCACCCCACCCCAUUCUCCCUCCUUUCAUCACCCCGCCCCAUUCUCCCGCUUUCCAUCACCCCGCCCCAUUCUCUCGCUUUCCAUCACCCCGCCCCAUUCUCCCUCCUUCCAUCACCCCACCCCAUUCUCCCUCCUUUCAUCACCCCGCCCCAUUCUCCCACUUUCCAUCACCUCGCCCCAUUCUCCCGCAUUCCAUCACCCCGCCCCAUUCUCCCGCUUUUCAUCACCUUGCACCAUUCUCCCGCUUUCCAUCACCCCGCCCCAUUCUCCCGCAUUCCAUCACCCCGCCUCAUUCUCCCGCUUUCCAUCACCCCGCCCCAUUCUCUCGCUUUCCAUCACCCCGCCCCAUUCUCCCGCCUUCCAUCACCCUGCCCCAUUCUCCCUCCUUCCAUCACCCCGCCCCAUUCUCCCGCUUUCCAUCACCCCGCCCCAUUCUCCCGCUUUCCAUCACCCCGCCCCAUUCUCCCGCUUUCCAUCACCCCGCCCCAUUCUCCCGCUUUCCAUCACCCCGCCCCAUUCUCCCUCCUUCCAUCACCCUGCCCCAUUCUCCAGCUUUCCAUCACCCCGCCCCAUUUUCCCUCCUUCCAUCACCCAGCCCCGUUCUCCCUCCUUCCAUCACCCCGCCCCAUUAUCCCGCUUUCCAUCACCCCGCACCAUUCUCCCGCCUUCCAUCACCCCGCCCCAUUCUCCCUCCUUCCAUCACCCCGCCCCAUUCUCCCGCUUUCCAUCACCCCGCUCCAUUCUCCCGCUUUCCAUCACCCCACCCCAUUCUCCCACUUUCCAUCACCCCGCCCCAUUCUCCCGCUUUCCAUCACCCCGCCCAAUUCUCCCGCUUUCCAUCACCCCGCCCCAUUCUCCCUCUUUCCAUCACCCCACCCCAUUCUCCCUCCUUCCAUCACCCCGCCCCAUUCUCCCGCUUUCCAUCACCCCGCCCCAUUCUCCCUCCUUCCAUCACCCCGCCCCAUUCUCCCGCUUUCCAUCACCCCGCCCCAUUCUCCUGCUUCCAUCACCCCGCCCCAUUCUCCCGCUUUCCAUCACCCCGCCCCAUUCUCCCGCUAUCCAUCACCCCGCCCCAUUCUCCUGCUUUCCAUCACCCCGCCCCAUUCUCCCUCCUUCCAUCAACCCGCCCCAUUCUCCCGCUUUCCAUCACCCCGCCCCAUUCUCCCGCUUUCUAUCACCCCGCCCCGUUCGCCCGCUUUCCAUCACCCCGCCCCAUUCUCCCGCUUUCCAUCACCCCGCCCCAAUCUCCCGCCUUCCAUCACCCCGCCCCAUUCUCCCUCCUUCCAUCAUCCCGCCCCAUUCUCCCUCCUUCCAUCACCCCGCCCCAUUCUCCCUCCUUCCAUCACCCCGCCCCAUUCUUCCGCUAUCCAUCACCCCGCCCCAUUCUCCCUCCUUCCAUCACCCUGACCCAUUCUCCCGCCUUCCAUCACCCCGCCCCAUUCUCCCGCAUUCCAUCACCCCGCCCCGUUCUCCCGCUUUCCAUCACCCCGCCCCGUUCUCCCGCUUUCCAUCACCCCGCCCCAUUCUCCCGCCUUCCAUCACCCCGCCCCAUUCUCCCGCUUUCCAUCACCUCGCCCCAUUCUCCCGCUUUCCAUCACCCCGCCCCAUUCUCCCGCUUUCCAUCAACCCCCCCCCCAUUCUCCCUCCUUCCAUCACCCCGCCCCAUUCUCCCGCUUUCCAUUACCCCGCCCCAUUCUCCCGCUUUCCAUCAACCCCCCCCCAUUCUCCCUCCUUCCAUCACCCCGCCCCAUUCUCCCGCAAUCCAUCACCCCACCCCAUUCUCCCUCCUUCCAUCACCCCCCCCCAUUCUCCCGCUUUCCAUCACCCCGCCCCAUUCUCCUGCUUUCCAUCACCCCGCCCCGUUCUCCCGCUUUCCAUCACCCCGCCCCAUUCUCCCGCUAUCCAUCACCCCGCCCCAUUCUCCCGCUUUCCAUCACCCCGCCCCAAUCUCCCGCCUUCCAUCACCCCGCCCCAUUCUCCCGCUUUCUAUCACCUCGCCCCGUUCGCCCGCUUUCCAUCACCCCGCCCCAUUCUCCCGCUUUCCAUCACCCCGCCCCAUUCUCCCUCCUUCCAUCACCCCGCCCCAUUCUCCCUCCUUCCAUCACCCUGCCCCAUUCUCCCUCCUUCCAUCACCCCGCCCCAUUCUUCCGCUUUCCGUCACCCCGCCCCAUUCUCCCUCCUUCCAUCACCCUGCCCCAUUCUCCCGCCUUCCAUCACCCCGCCCCAUUCUCCCGCGUUCCAUCACCCCGCCCCAUUCUCCCGCCUUCCAUCACCCCGCCCCGUUCUCCCGCCUUCCAUCACCCCGCCCCAUUUUCCCGCUUUCCAUCACCUCGCCCCAUUCUCCCGCUUUCCAUCACCCCGCCCCAUUCUCCCGCUUUCCUUUACCCCGCCCCAUUCUCCCGCUUUCCAUCAACCCCCCCCAUUCUCCCUCCUUCCAUCACCCCGCCCCAUUCUCCCUCCUUCCAUCACCCCGCCAUUCUCCCGCUUUCCAUCACCCCGCCCCAUUCUCCCGCAAUCCAUCACUCCGCCCCAUUCUCCGGCCUUCCAUCACCCCGGCACAUUCUCCCGCUUUCCAUCACCCCGCCCCAUUCUCCCGCUUUCCAUCACCCCGCCCCAUUCUCCCUCCUUCCAUCACCCCACCCCAUUCUCCCGCUUUCCAUCACCCCGCCCCAUUCUCCCGCCUUCCAUCACCCCGCUCCAUUCUCCUGCCUUCCAUCACCCUGCCCCAUUCUCCCUCCUUCCAUCACCCCGCCCCAUUCUUCCGCUUUCCGUCACCCCCCCCCAUUCUCCCUCCUUCCAUCACCCUGCCCCAUUCUCCCGCCUUCCAUCACCCCGCCCCAUUCUCCCGCGUUCCAUCACCCCGCCCCAUUCUCCCGCCUUCCAUCACCCCGCCCCGUUCUCCCGCCUUCCAUCACCCCGCCCCAUUUUCCCGCUUUCCAUCACCUCGCCCCAUUCUCCCGCUUUCCAUCACCCCGCCCCAUUCUCCCGCUUUCCUUUACCCCGCCCCAUUCUCCCGCUUUCCAUCAACCCCCCCCAUUCUCCCUCCUUCCAUCACCCCACCCCAUUCUCCCGCUUUCCAUCACCCCGCCCCAUUCUCCCGCCUUCCUUCACCCCGCUCCAUUCUCCUGCCUUCCAUCACCCUGCUCCAUUCUCCCUCCUUCCAUCACCCCGCCCCAUUCUUCCGCUUUCCGUCACCCCGCCCCAUUCUCCCUCCUUCCAUCACCCUGCCCCAUUCUCCCGCCUUCCAUCACCCCGCCCCAUUCUCCCGCGUUCCAUCACCCCGCCCCAUUCUCCCGCCUUCCAUCACCCCGCCCCGUUCUCCCGCCUUCCAUCACCCUGCCCCAUUUUCCCGCUUUCCAUCACCUCGCCCCAUUCUCCCGCUUUCCAUCACCCCGCCCCAUUCUCCCGCUUUCCUUUACCCCGCCCCAUUCUCCCGCUUUCCAUCAACCCCCCCCAUUCUCCCUCCUUCCAUCACCCCGCCCCAUUCUCCCGCUUUCCAUCACCCCGCUCCAUUCUCCCGCUUUCCAUCACCCCGCCCCAUUCUCCCGCUUUCCUUCAUCCCGCCCCAUUCUCCCGCUUUCCAUCACCCCGCCCCAUUCUCCCGCGUUCCAUCACCCCGCCCCAUUCUCCCGCCUUCCAUCACCCCGCCCCGUUCUCCCGCGUUCCAUCACCCCGCCCCAUUCUCCCGCCUUCCAUCACCCCGCCCCGUUCUCCCGCCUUCCAUCACCCCGCCCCAUUUUCCCGCUUUCCAUCACCUCGCCCCAUUCUCCCGCUUUCCAUCACCCCGCCCCAUUCUCCCGCUUUCCUUUGCCCCGCCCCAUUCUCCCGCUUUCCAUCAACCCCCCCCAUUCUCCCUCCUUCCAUCACCCCGCCCCAUUCUCCCUCCUUCCAUCACCCCGCCAUUCUCCCGCUUUCCAUCACCCCGCCCCAUUCUCCCGCAAUCCAUCACCCCGCCCCAUUCUCCGGCCUUCCAUCACCCCGCCCCAUUCUCCCGCUUUCCAUCACCCCGCCCCAUUCUCCCGCUUUCCAUCACCCCGCCCCAUUCUCCCGCUUUCCAUCACCCCGUCCCAUUCUCCCGCUUUCCAUCACCCCGCCCCAUUCUCCCGCCUUCCAUCACCCCGCCCCAUUCUCCCUCCUUCCAUCACCCCGCCCCAUUCUCCCGCUUUCCAUCACCCCGCCCCAUUCUCCGGCCUUCCAUCACCCCGCCCCAUUCUCCCGCUUUCCAUCACCCCGCCCCAUUCUCCCGCUUUCCAUCACCCCGCCCCAUUCUCCCGCUUUCCAUCACCCCGCCCCAUUCUCCCUCCUUCCAUCACCCCGCCCCAUUCUCCCGCCUUCCUUCACCCCGCCCCAUUCUCCCGCCUUCCAUCACCCCGCCCCAUUCUCCCGCUUUCCAUCACCCCGCCCCUUUCUACCUCCUUCCAUCACCCCGCCCCAUUCUCUCUCCUUCCAUCACCCCGCCCCAUUCUCCCUCCUUCCAUCACCCCGCCCCAUUCUCUCUCCUUCCAUCACCCCGCCCCAUUCUCCCGCUUUCCAUCACCCCGCCCCAUUCUCCCGCUUUCCAUCACCCCGCCCCAUUCUCCCGCUUUCCAUCACCCCGCCCCAUUCUCCCGAUUUCCAUCACCCGCCCCAUUCUCCCGCUUUCCAUCACCCCGCCCCAUUCUCCCGCUUUCCAUCACCCCGCCCCAUUCUCCCGAUUUCCAUCACCCGCACCAUUCUCCCGCUUUCCAUCACCCCGCCCCAUUCUCCCGCUUUCCAUCAACCCCCCCCAUUCUCCCUCCUUCCAUCACCCCGCCCCAUUCUCCCUCCUUCCAUCACCCCGCCAUUCUCCCGCUUUCCAUCACCCCGCCCCAUUCUCCCGCAAUCCAUCACCCCGCCCCAUUCUCCGGCCUUCCAUCACCCCGGCCCAUUCUCCCGCUUUCCAUCACCCCGCCCCAUUCUCCCGCUUUCCAUCACCCCGCCCCAUUCUCCCUCCUUCCAUCACCCCACCCCAUUCUCCCGCUUUCCAUCACCCCGCCCCAUUCUCCCGCCUUCCAUCACCCCGCUCCAUUCUCCUGCCUUCCAUCACCCCGCCCCAUUCUCCCGCUUUCCAUCACCCCGCCCCAUUCUCCCGCCUUCCAUCACCCCGCCCCAUUCUCCCUCCUUCCAUCACCCCGCCCCAUUCUCCCUCCUUCCAUCACCUUGCCCCAUUCUCCCGCUUUCCCCGCCCCAUUCUCCCUCCUUCCAUCACCCCGCCCCAUUCUCCCUCCUUCCAUCACCUUGCCCCAUUCUCCCGCUUUCCAUCACCCCGCCCCAUUCUCCCACUUUCCAUCACCCCGCCCCAUUCUCCCACUUUCCAUCACCCCGCCCCAUUCUCCCGCUUUCCAUCACCCCGCCCCAUUCUCCCGCCUUCCAUCACCCCGCCCCAUUCUCCCGCUUUCCAUCAUCCCGCCCCAUUCUCCCGCUUUCCAUCACCCCGCCCCGUUCUCCCGCCUUCCAUCACCCCGCCCCGUUCUCCCGCCUUCCAUCACCCCGCCCCAUUCUCCCGUUUUCCAUCACCUCGCCCCAUUCUCCCGCUUUCCAUCACCCCGCCCCAUUCUCCCGCUUUCCAUUACCCCGCCCCAUUCUCCCGUUUUCCAUCAACCCCCCCCCAUUCUCCCUCCUUCCAUCACCCCGCCCCAUUCUCCCUCCUUCCAUCACCCCGCCCCAUUCUCUCCCGCUUUCCAUCACCCCCCCCCAUUCUCCCGCUUUCCAUCACCCCGCCCCGCUCUCCCGCCUUCGAUCACCCCGCCCCCUUCUCCCACUUUCCAUCACCCCGCCCCAUUCUCCCGCUUUCCAUCACCCCGCCCCGUUCUCCCGCCUUCGAUCACCCCGCCCCAUUCUACCGGGUGGGGAGGCUGAUUUCGGGUGAGGUGACUAGAACGGGUGGGGCAGCAGCUCUGGCUGGAACGGGUGGGGCAGCGGGUGCGGUAUAG